AUUUACGAAUACAAAAUAUCUCGCGGCGCAUCGUGCAAAAUUAUAAGCAUUACGGGAAUCGGUUUUAAAAAUGGCGUUUCCCGCCACCAGCACCAGGGCUCUCACCUCCGUUCUUAACCAACAAACAACCGCUUCUUUCAACUCCGCUAUAAGAUCCUCAGUCGACCAAGCCCUCUACAAACAAGCCCUCCUCCUCUACCUCCAACUCAAACGAAGCGGGCUUCGACCCGAUAACCUCACUUUCCCCUUCGUCCUCAAAGCCUCAUCCAAGCUCCCAGACCCCAAACUAUCCCAAAUGAUCCAUACCCACGUAGCCAAGUCACGAUUCUAUUAUGAUCCCUUUGUUGCCACGGCCAUGAUCAAUCUGUAUGUGAAAUGUCGAGAACUGACAAACGCAGAGAAGAUUUUUGAUGAAAUGCCUGAAAGGGACGUUACUGCUUGGAAUUCCUUGAUUCUGGGUUUUUCCGAAAUGGGUUUUCUCAAUAAGGUGUUGGUUUUGCUUCGGUGGAUGAGGUUGGAGAAAAUUCGACCCGACUCUCUCACGGUCAUAAGUUUAGUUCAAGGUUUGGACUGUGAUAAAGAGGUGGGAUUUCUUAGAAGUUGUCAUUGCUUGGGGAUGAGGAUCGGUGUUUCUGGCGAUGUGUCUGUAUGCAAUACUUGGAUUUCGGCUUAUGCCAAGUGUGGGGACUUGGGCUCUGCGAAGUUGAUGUUUGGAGAGAUUCCGGAUGGAUUGAGGUCGAUUGUUUCAUGGAAUUCUGUGAUUUCGGGUUGUACAUAUCUUGGAAAGAUCGAUGAAGUCGGAGAUUUGUUGCGAGGUAUGAGCAGAGAUGGUGUUCGGCCUGACUUGAGCACUGUAUUGAGCUUGUUAUCUUUGUUUGGUCAGUCUGAAUCGAUCAUAGAAGGUAAGAUGAUUCAUUCUUUUGCUAUUAAAUCAGCUUUUGGUUCUGAUAUUUCCUUUGUAAAUACAUUAAUAUCACUGUAUUCAAAGUGUGGAGAUAUUGAGGCCGCACGUUAUUGUUUUGAUAUCAUGCCGAAGAGAACUUGUGUUACUUGGACCGUACUGCUUUCUGGGUACGCAAAAAUAGGAGAUAUUGAUGAAGUUGUUGCUUUGUUUCAUGCCAUGGAGGCUUCAGGAGAGAAACCUGAUGCUGUAACUGUGGUUGCUAUUCUCUCUGCUUGUAGCCAAACUGGUAACCUUGAGCUAGGAAAAUCAGUGAAUCAAUAUGUGAUUUCUAAUAAGUUGGAAGAGAAUGUUGUGGUUUGCAAUGCACUGAUUGAUAUGUAUUCUAAGUGUGGCAGUAUGGCUGAUGCUAGAAGAAUUUUUUGUAGAAUGCACAACAGAACUAUAGUCUCUUGGACUGCGAUGAUUAUGGGUUACGCUUUGAAUGGGCAUUUUCGUGAAGCUUUGGAUCUGUUCUCUGAGAUGUUGAGACUACAGAUUGAGCCAAAUCAUGUGACUUUCCUUAGUGUAUUUCAGGCUUGUGCGCAUGGUGGGUUUCUUGAAAAGGGAUGUCACUAUUUUCAUGUAAUGCGAAAAAUUUACAAGAUAGAGCCAAGAUUAGACCACUACUCUUGUAUGGUUGAUCUUUUUGGCCGCCAGGGGAAAUUAAGAGAUGCAUUGGAAUUUAUUCAGAGUAUGCAUAUUGAGCCUGAUGCUGGUGUUUGGGGUGCUCUACUUGGUGCUUGUAUUACUCAUCAUGAAACUGAAAUUGGUGAAUAUGCAACAAGCCGUUUGUUUGAAUUAGAGCCUCAUGCAGCAGUGUCAUAUGUCGGUAUUGCAAAUAUUUAUGCUGCAAAUGAGAAGUGGGAGGGUGUAGCAAAGGUUCGGGCGAUGAUGAAACGAGAGGGAGUUAACAAAUUGCCUGGUCAAAGUAUUAUUCAGGUGGAUGGGAGGGGUCAUGUAUUUACUGUUGAAGAUAGAAGCCAUCCUGAAGGGUUGUUGAUAUAUGAUACAUUAGAUGGUUUGGCUUUGCACCUGAAGGAAAAAGAUCGCCAAAGGGAACUUGGAAGUUUUUGAUAAGAGGCAUUUGAAGUUUACUUAUUACUUGCCUAUGCACUAUACUUUCUUGGUAGCACCCAUUUGAAUCUACACUGUAUAGGUCUUAUUCUCUGAGGAAUAACCCCAAAUCGCAUUCAACUCCAAACAAAACCCA